AUGGGAAAGAAAAAAUGGGCGAAGAAAAUUACCGGUGAAGAACCUACUUCAACCCGCAGGGAAGAAACCCCAGAAUCGUAUCCGCCACUAGGAGAGCGGCCGCCAAACUCGCAACCACCGGAGCCGACUCCUCAGGCUCCGACGAUGGUUUCUUUGAACGCACUGGCGAAGCUCCUCAGACAACAGGACCCAAAUAGAGAUUGGGCGACUGCGUUGGCAGGUUUCAGCCAAGUCAGGGGAAAAUCGAGCACAACCGGAGAAGCCCCGACAGAAACUGCAGCAGAACCGAUCGUGCAUCCCACCGUACAACCACCCACUUCCAUUCCGACUUCGUCAACAAUUGCGCCGGAAGGGGAACCUCCCUCGGCGACCGAACCCUCGGAAUCCGCCCAAACUCCCCAACGAAGCGACCCAAUGGAUGUUGACCCCAUCUCCGCCUACUACGAUUCUGACCCAGAGGAAAGGGAAGCGGGAAGAAGAAAGGAGGAAAAGAGCCAGAAGGGAGGCGAUGAACCAGAGAAAACGCCGACAGCGGAGCCCAUUACUCAAGAAAUGGCGAGAGAAGAGAUAGAUCUAAAUGGGACGGCAAGAAAGCAGGGCCUAAUGACUGAUGAAGAAUUUCAGGCUCUUCUGGAUGAGGUAAAUCAGAUGGAAGAUGGUACCGCCACGAUGGCUGAGGGUCUAGACCUCGCAUCAAGGGCAGUAGAAGAGGGUGAGAAGGACGAUGGAGAGAACAACUUAGAAGGCCUAGCCGAACGGCCAGUAGACAAAGUGGUGGGAGGCCAGAUUAGAGAAGAAGGGACAGAGUCAACAACUCCCCAGACGGAGGCGGGGAAGAGUGAUGUGCAUAUCGAGGAGGAGGAAACAGUAGCAAGAACAGAGGUACCUGGACCAGUGGUACCGCCAGUGAUAAAACCAAAAGCUGUCAAGAGGAAGUUGGUGUUGAAGGGCGACCCUAGGGCAGAACAGCCGAAGCCGAAGAGGGUGUCGCAAAGAUGCUUAGGGAAGUGGGCAUCCAGUAAAGCAAAGGUAAACACGGCGGCAGAUCCGGUGGAGAUUUUAAGCGAAGAGGAAGGGACCACUCCCACAAAACCUGGGGAGGGAUCCUUACUCGCUACUGAUUUGGAGGAUACUGCGGUGGCAACCGAAGCGGUCUCCCAAACGCCGAGUGACCAGGGCGAAGAGACGACGCAGAUGGCUGAGGGGUCGGACCUCGCAUCUGCACCAGCCGGUCACGUCGAGCCUAGAACUGAAGGUACUCGUAUCAGUAUUGAGACCCAACCCUCUGCCCCAGACUAG